CUCUUGAGGAACCUACACUCAGUUUGCUCCGGUAACUCGCUCUGAUAGGUGACCAUCCGGAAUUAUCUUCCCUGGUAGUGAACUUCUUGACAGGUGGACCAGUUGAAAUUCGGUGAAAGUGUAACAAACUCGCGGAAACCAUGGGGGCUAUGUUCCGCAGUGAACAGAUGGACCUGGUCCAGCUGCUCAUCCAACCGGAGGCGGCGUACUCGUCGUUGGCAGAGCUCGGCGAACUUGGAAUCGCUCAGUUCCGUGAUCUAAACGCGGAUAUAAACGUUUUCCAACGCAAGUACACCAGCGAGAUUCGACGAUGCGAGGAAAUGGAGCGCAAGAUCGUUUACAUCCGCCGCGAGUUGAACAAGGAUGAGGUCUCAACGCCGGAUUUUUCGGACAACAUUCCCCGUACGCCCAAUUCUCGUGAGCUCAUCGACCUGGAAGCGGCUCUCGAGAAGACCGAAAACGAGAUCAUGGAGUUGUCCGAGAACACUCAUGCUUUGUUGCAAAACUUCAUGGAACUUACCGAGCUGAAGAGCGUUCUGGAAAAGACUCAAGGCUUUUUCUCCGACAAGUCGGCAGCGCAAAAUCUGGAGGCCACCGGUGGUGACCCCGGCAGCGAGAACAAGCCGCUAGGAUUCGUUGCGGGCGUUAUCCCACGUGAGCGCAUCAUCGGCUUCGAGCGGAUGCUUUGGCGCGUAUCACGUGGUAACGUUUUUCUGCGUCAAACACCCAUUGAUAAGCCAUUCACCGAUCCGCGCUCGGGUGAUCAAAUCUACAAGAUUGUUUUUGUGGCUUUCUUCCAAGGAGAACAGCUGAAAAGCCGCGUUAAGAAAAUCUGCAGUGGGUAUCAUGCCUCGCUGUACCCGUGCCCGAACGACUACAACGAGCGUUCCGAGAUGCUGCAGGGCGUGCGCACUCGUAUCGAGGACCUCAACAUGGUCAUCAAUCAAACCAAGGACCAACGCCAACGCGUGCUGAUUAGCGUCGCCAAGGAAGUCCCCAAGUGGGAAAUCAUCGUCAAGAAGGUCAAAGCCAUCUAUCAUACGCUGAACAUGUUCAAUGUGGAUGUCUCCAAGAAGUGUCUGUUUGGCGAGGCUUGGGUUCCAACUUACAAUCUGCAGGACGUGAAGAACGCUUUGAUUGCCGGUUCAUCGGCAGUCGGAAGUUCGGUUCCCUCGUUCUUGAACGUGAUUUCAACGCAAGAGGCGCCACCGACUUACAAUCGUACCAACAAGUUUACCCAGGGCUUCCAGAACUUGAUCGAGUCGUACGGAGUGGCUUCCUACCGCGAGGCCAAUCCAGCCUUGUAUACCACCAUCACUUUCCCGUUCUUGUUCGCUAUUAUGUUCGGCGAUUUGGGACACGGACUAAUUCUGUUGCUGCUUGGAUUGUGGAUGGUUUUGUGGGAGAAGACUCUGGACAAAAACAAGGACGAAAUUUGGCAACUUUUCUUCGGAGGUCGUUAUAUCAUCUUGCUCAUGGGAAUCUUUUCCAUGUAUACUGGAUUUGUGUACAAUGAUGUCUUCUCCAAGACCAUGAACAUUUUCGGAUCCUCGUGGUCGAUUAAUUACAAUACCUCGACCAUCAUGACGAACACCGACCUUCAGUUGAACCCCGGAGAGGACUAUUCGGAAACCGUUUAUUGGUACGGGUUGGAUCCUGCAUGGAUGUUGGCUUCCAACAAAAUCAUCUUCCUGAACUCAUUCAAGAUGAAGCUUUCUAUUAUUUUUGGUGUUGUGCACAUGAUCUUUGGUGUCUGCAUGAGUGUUGUCAAUAACGUGCACUUCAAUAAGAAGGUCAACAUUUUGCUGGACUUCAUCCCACAGCUGCUGUUUUUGCUACUGCUGUUCUUGUACAUGUGCUUCAUGAUGUUCUUCAAAUGGGUCCAGUACACUGCUGUUACGGAAGAGGAUCAUCUAAAGCCGGGUUGUGCUCCAUCGGUUCUGAUCAUGUUUAUCAACAUGAUGUUGUUCAAGAGUCAGGAGCCCCUGGACGGAUGUAAAGAAUUCAUGUUCGAAGGACAGAAUACCAUCCAAAUGGUGUUCAUUUUCAUUGCACUUAUUUGCAUUCCUUGGCUUCUGUUGGCCAAACCAUUGUACAUCAAGUUUACUAGGAAGAAUAAAGGAGCAGGAGAUCACGUUGCAUCUGGAGGUCAUGGAGAUCACGACGAUGAACCGAUGAGUGAAAUUUUCAUCCAUCAAUCUAUUCACUGUAUUGAGUACAUUCUCAGUACAAUAUCCCACACCGCUUCAUAUUUGCGACUAUGGGCCCUUUCACUGGCUCAUGCUCAGCUUUCCGAAGUGUUGUACUCAAUGGUGUUCACCAUUGGAUUGAGGAAUGAUAGCUACGUCGGAGCUAUCAUGAUCUGGGUAGUCUUCUGGCCAUGGGCGGUCCUGACCAUUGGUAUCCUUGUAGGUAUGGAAGGAUUGUCCGCUUUCCUGCAUACCCUUCGUCUUCACUGGGUGGAGUUCAUGAGCAAGUUCUACGAAGGCUUGGGUUAUCCAUUCCAGCCGUUCUGCUUCAAGGCUAUGCUGGCGGCAGAAAAUGAAGAGAAAUAACAGUUAUUGUAAGUUGUUGAGCAAAUUAAAAUUGCCUCAAUGAAUAGAUAUGAAUUUAGCAGCAA